CCUAUUUCUAUUUUACAUGGUUUUCUUUGUUAUACUCCAGUAGAAAAUCAGUAUGGUUCCCAAACUAUUCACAGCAAACAAGUUAAGUGAAGUUUUUAAAAAGAUCUACACACGAUCUCUGCAACAAAUUGUUAUCGGAGAUCAUGGGUAUAAGCCGCAUCCCAUUAUACAGCAACAUCGUCUUCAUCCUCCACCACUUCUGCCGCCUCCUAACAUUGCUCCAUCUCCAUCAAAUCCACCUUUGUUCCCUGCCCCUCCUCCUCAUUUCUUUCAAAGGCCUCCUCCUAACACUAUGCCUCCGCCAUCCCUACACCCUCCAGCUUUACUUCCCCCUCCACUGAUUCCUCCACCAUCUGUCCACAUGCCAUCGCUUAAUGGACCCCCAAAUGCCUACAACAGCAGGCCACCUCCGCAACACAGCUUCAACCCUGCAGGAGAUUCUGGUUUCAGAAACUAUACUCCCGUUUCUACCCCCCACAACCCCUGGGUUACCACUUCAGAUAAAGGGACCAGCAGCAGAGAAAGUAAUAGCUGGACACCUAGAAGAAUGAGAAUACAGGAGAGAGUGAGAGUCAGAAGUCCAACACCAACAGAAUACAUAGAAGAUGAUCACUACCUGAACUACAGUCGGGAAAAAAAUUACAGCUAUGAGCGCCGGCACCGGCGGAGUCAUGAGUCCAGUUGGGAGCAAGAGGACAGAUCUAGGGGAGAGCAACGGCAGCGGGAGAGAGGGGAAUCUAAUAAAUCAAAAUCCUCAAGACGCAAACAAGAAAGUGAGGAAAGAGAGAGCCACCGAAGGCACAAGCGUAAGAAGAGCAAGCGAUGCAAAGAAGAGAAAGAAACUUGUGAAGACAUCAUGACAGGAGUGAAGAAACGAGAUGUGAGGGAGUGAACUAUUGGGCGCUCAUGACUCUAAAAUGUAUAAUCCAGGAUCAGUCUAACACACAUUUGUGAUAUUAUGUAAACUAGAUCUGUGAUUCAGUAUGUGCUGUGUAGCGAAAGGCAAAAGGUGAACAGCUAACGGUGUAGUAUGUAGCUGAGAGGAGUGCAACAUAGUCUGGUGAAUAUGAUAACAGCCAUAUUUAGAAUCACUCCUGUUUACCAGCUGCUCAUGUUCUGCAGCAUUUGAAAAGGCUGAGAAAAUACAGUUUAUUCUCUAACAAAACUGGUGCAAAUGUGUAGCAAACAAAAUGUUAUAUCUAUAUAUUCAUAGGUGAAAUAGCUGCAUAAUUUGUAUGUAGACUUCUCAUUGCUAAACAGUUAUAUUGUGAGAAUUUUAUAG